GGUUCCCGGAAGUGAGAGGGAUGCUGAUGCUGGAAUAAACAUGGCGCUACGGUUUGGCGGCUGUGCGGCCUUGUUGCUAUUUUUUGGGAGUUUGCUGUUACUACUGCCCGCUGGCUGGGCAAGAAUUCAUCACCUGACGCUAAAGGAUGAUAUGCGGCAAAAGAUUCAUCUCAACAAAUUUGCCUUUUUCAAAAAUGGUAACAUGAGUGUAAACGUUAAAAACCUGUCUGUGAAGGAUUUGGAUCUCUCCACCCUAGACAAUGCAACUUUUGGAUUUAGCCUGGACAGGACUUAUAAUGACGGCUUUUCCACUUACUUGGACCAGGAGCUUGGAAAUUUCUGCAUUCUAAAGAAAAGACCAUCGGGAGAAUCCAUUAUCCUUCUUAAAAUAGAUUUUAACAAUAAACGUGUUAUAAGGACAACAGCAACAGGCGAGGGAGUCUAUCUGCCUAGUGUAACGGUCACUUUGCCUAUUAAGGAAACCACCGCUGCUCCAAAAACUGUUGCCCCCACAAAAAGUGCCAAACUGGCUGAGCCUUCAGCAAAGAAGACUCGCAGAGCAGCAGUUGACAAAGAAACGGAGAGCAACAAAAUACCAAAAAAUGAGGAGAAAAAUAAACCACCAACUAAGCCAUCUUUAAAAGAUAAACCGUUUCCCAUCCAAGUAGAGAAUGGCGGCGCAUCAUUUGGGUUUUCUUUCAAUGUUAGCUCGCAAGAGUUAGAGGGAAUCUACAGCUUGUACUUCCACCACUGUUUGCCCUCCAGUGGCUCCAUCAGAGACCUGCACCCAUUCAGCUUUGAAAUCGAAAUCAAAGAGAGGAAUGAGGAGAGUUUUCUAUCGGCAGAUGAGAUGCCACUGCCCAAGUUGUACAUCUCAAUGGCGCUUUUCUUCUUCCUGUCCGGCCUCGUCUGGGUUCACAUCCUCAGGAAACGCAGGAGUGAGGUGUUUAAGAUCCAUUGGCUGAUGGCUGCAUUACCCUUUACAAAAUCCCUGUCUCUGGUCUUCCACUCGAUCGAUUAUCACUUUAUUUCGGAAAAGGGAUACCCAAUUGAAGGCUGGGCAGUGGUGUAUUACAUCAUGCACUUAUUAAAGGGAGCGUUGCUGUUUAUCACCAUUGCACUGAUUGGAACUGGCUGGGCCUUUGUCAAACAUAUCUUAUCGGAUAAAGAUAAAAAGAUUUUUAUGAUUGUCAUUCCCCUUCAGGUCCUCGCCAAUGUAGCCUAUAUAAUCAUUGAAUCUACAGAAGAGGGAACAACAGAAUAUAGUUUGUGGAUGGAAAUUCUGUUUCUGGUGGACUUAAUGUGCUGUGGAGCCAUCUUGUUUCCAGUUAUAUGGUCCAUCCGACAUCUACAGGAGGCAUCUGCAACAGAUGGAAAAGCUGCAAUCAAUCUGGUGAAGCUGAAGCUCUUCAGACAUUACUAUGUUAUGGUUGUCUGCUUCAUUUACUUCACCCGAAUCAUCGCAAUGCUUAUCAAAGUGGCUGUCCCCUUCCAGUGGAAGUGGUUGUAUCAGCUCCUGGAUGAAGUAGCGACAUUUGUCUUCUUUGUAUUGACCGGGUACAAGUUCCGGCCGGCUUCUGAUAACCCGUAUUUGCAGCUUCCUCAAGAUGAUGACGAAGAUGACUUGGAAAUGGAGGCAGUAGUCACAACCACUGGAGCUACAGAGGGCGUCAAGAAAGUUAAAAAAAUAGUGAACGGAUCAUCGGAGGUGCGCUCAGAUUGGGAAAGCACAGCAUGAGAGAAUGGAUGAACUGGUCAGGAUUUUAUUUAUUAUCGACAACAAGUGUGGGCUAAGUUCAUCCCACUACUCCAUUAUUCAUAUUUAACAAAUACCAUAAAAAACACACUGAUGAACUCUCUCCUUUACCUGUCAAGCACUCUCAUUAAAAAGUGAUUUAGGACACACGUCCCACUUGAAAAGAAGACUCCUUUCAGCUUUGUGCAAUGCAAGAAGAUAAACUCAUACUUAUUGCGUCUUCUCUGGGAUUCUGUAGCAUCUGAGGACAAAACAAAUAUGUAUAGGUUUUUGAUCAUUGAACAAUUUUUUUGGACCAAAGGAUUAAAAUAUUCAUCAGAUUUCUAAUAUGUUGGGGUAUAUAUAUAUAUCUUUAAAUCAGGGGGUUAUCCAGUCCUGUUAGCCUGCACAGUCCGUGUGUGGCGUAAAUUAUUUUAUAGGAUUAUUCUACACAGUUGUGUUCUCAGCUGGGAAAUGCUUUUGCAUCCGGGCUUGUUUUAUCCUUUCAUUGUCUUCAUCCCCUGACUGUAAAUAUAUAUUUUUUUUUCUUUAGUUUUUCUAGCUGAAUGAAAAUAAUCUUACAUGGAAAUGAACACGCUGCCUUUAAACAAAUACAUAAAUAUUACCAGCUUGCAAGAACCGGGUUAUUACCCAAUUUAAAAUAAAUAAGUCACAUUAAUAUUCAAUACAUAGGCUCUUAAACUGUUUGCCAGUGAGGUACGUGGAUGUUUAUAUUGGUUGGUUAUUUAUUGGGUGUUUGCAGCCUGUUCGUUUCCAGUGGGAGAUGGGUUUCCCCAGUACUGAUGCAUGGUGCUUGCAGUUAGCGGUCCAGCCCCUCCCGAGCGCAUUCUGUGGCAUCAAUGCAGUGUUUCUAUUAUUAUAUUACGUUAUUUUUGUGUUGCUAAUCACAGUGAUGAUCUUGGGGAAAAUAGAUAAUAUUUUUUAUAGUUAAUUUUGUACUUUUAUUGGAGUGGCAUGGAAAGGGGGGGUGCUUAACAGACUCGUGUAGCAGCGCUUGAGCUGUCGCGUUAAUAUUCAUUAGUUAUUUUAAUUCCUUUAGGGAGUUGUGUGUGGGGGGGGGGAUUUAUAAUUAACCGUUUCAGAACUGGCAGCCAUUCAAUUUCAAAUGACGUCUCCCUAAAGGGUAACUGUUACUAUAUUUUAUCUUCUUUACACUUAAGGGUUCUGCUAUUACGUAACCAUGGGUAUUUUUUCAGCUGUUACUCCCGCCCCCAACCCCCGUUUCAGUGCUGAAAGGGUUAAAACAGGGGGGAUAUGGGGCUGUUUGAUUGAAAGUACAAAAUAAUUUUUAAUUUACAGGUAUACACUUAAUAUUUCUUUUUGUGAAUAAAAAUGGAUUUGCUUUACAUAACAAUGCGCAGAGUGCUUGUGAUGUCUGAGUUCUAUUCUCUUUACAACAGCCAGCAUGUAAUAGAUAAUUCUUUAAUAAUUCUGUAGAUGCUCGCUUAAAAAAAAAGAAAGUUUAGUUGUUUUUAGUUCUACUUUCUAUACGUUUUAACGACUGCAAAAUUACAAUAGGGAGAAAAUGAUUUAUUUAUUUAGCAUUUUAAAAUCUUGUGUAUUUUGUCAUUUUGGGCCCAAUUUUUUUUAAUGAAAACAAAUUUUAAAAUUGAAUCCAAAAUUGCCAUGAAAGAGUCCUUUUUCCAGAAAAGAAAACACAAGUUCCAGAUCGCCUUUCAUUAAUUUGCAGUUAGGAUUAUGUGAAAUAUACAAAUAAUAUCUGGGGGGGUUUCACAGAAUGUUUUUACAUUUUUUUCUUCUCAAUUGCAGUUCAUCUCUAAAUUGUUCUAUUAAAGAUGCAUUUAUUCUGA